CAGUCCCACACACGAAGCUGCUUUUCGAUCUAAACAGAGCAAAAUCUACACGGGACAUCAUUGCUAUAUACUCGUCCUAGUUUGAGGCAUGGAGAACUGGCAUCCUUUGUCCUGCUUACCCAGUUCCUCACAACAAUCGAUGCUAUGAGGGGAGUAACCUAUUCUGCACACGUUGUUGCUCCACCAUACGAGGAUUAUUUGUCCUUCUAUUGUUGCUUGUCAAAGAAGGGCGUGUGUAGAUACAGCGCACCUUGUGCGUACGGGCGGGUCUUCCCUCCAAUAUUCUCCUUUUUCGCUAGCAGUCGUCCGCAAUUCAGACAUUGAUGAUACUUUCGAGCAUGAUGCAUGAUAGCGCUGUAUUCCAAGACUGCUAUACUCGUUCAAGAUUGAAUGGAUACCCUUUUCGACCUCCGACAAUUUGACAGUUUUUUUCCUACCCCUGCCCUCUCAUUCAAGUCCCGCUUGCCCAUGAUUCCCAAGAAGAAGCCGCAAAAGAGGCUAGAAAUAGACAGCGAAGUAGGGCUGACAUUCUGCCGAUAAAUUUCUACAACAAGCGAAAGGGCAUCACUAGGACUCCAACAACGCAAGUCUCAGUUCCGAUUCCUGUGGUAUAAGUAUCUCUAUUGUCGUCAGUCAUUGCAAAACCUCACCAUACGGGCUACUCAUCUCCUCUUUCCUCUCACAAAAAGUUCAAAAGGCUGUCAUCAUUGAUAUCUGUCUUUCCAGAUAUUUCUCAAGCAGUUGUUUCAGCUGCACAUAGACCGGACCCGCAUACUCGCAUACACAUAGAAAAAAAUCAAUUCAAGACCCAAAAAGAUGUUUCACUUCCGCCUAGGCCAUGCCUCGCCACAAGCAGAGCUAAAGCGAUUAAAGCAAGCAUCUGCGCUGAAUCCCAAUUAUAACAUGGUUAUCAAGUAUCUGGACUGCUUAAAUCGCUUAGCAGAUCAAAUGAUACCGAACAGUAACCUGCCUAUCUGGCUAAUAGAAGUUCAGCAUUUAAUCACACUCCUGCAAAAGAGAGUAUUUAGUAGAGUGCCGCUGACUCCAGUCGAGAGAAGUGCGCUUCUGAAUUUUGCGCAGUAUUGGAGAUCUAUGACGAGACCGCCAUACAGUAUGGGUCGGCCAGAAGCACAAAUUGUAAUGAUCACCCUUGCUGAAUUCGCCACCAGGUGAAAUCAGUUCUUAAAAAACCGAACAUCAUAACGAUGCUCCAAGACUUACACCCCUCUUCCUUUCAAACCGCUCCUCUCCAUUGUUUGAAGACCAAGAUGGGCUUCUCGGUAGGAGCUGCUGAGGCGUCGAAAACAGGCGUAUUAGUUGUGUAUUCUCGCCUUUAAAAUUCUUCGACCCACUGAUGGCAUACGAUUGCUGCCCUCGCUUGUAGGCUACAGGAGUAACGACUUGGUAAAAAAAAACGUUUCUAUAACGCCAU